GCCUCUCGAAACAGGCAGCGACCGAGCGAUCAAGCGAGAGGGUAGGGGAGAUAGCAUGGAAGGCGCCGAUUUCUGCAUUCAUGCCCCUCUCAGGACUUCUGCUGAGGACAUGACGAUGCCAAAGACGCUAAAUUCGGAAGCAACGUCGACCUUGACAGAGCAGUACGCAUCAAGAGGGGUUCUGACAAAAAAGCUCUCGAUACGUGCAAGGAGAAUGCUCGCGGGCAACAGGAUCAGCGGCGAGUCCAUCACGAUCCAGAUCAGCAAUCCCAACACUUGGUCGAUGCCGAGAACAAAGAAAUGCGUCGUAGCCCGAGAACGCCACUACAACCGCAACAGCGCCACCCUCUCUAUGCCCCGAAAAGUCUGCCCGACCAGGCAAAGCGAAUUGCAAGGUCGCAAUGUGGGUCAGAGUUCCACCAUCGAUGGAAGCGCGAUUGGAAGCACAUUUAGCGACAACGUGGUCUUCGACGGAUGCAACUGGCUCCUCAACCAGCCCGCUUCGGCGAGCUCAUCGAUGAGUAGUGGGCACGCAACGGACAGCGAAAAUGGUCUCGACUCCGUCAUUCAGCUCUACCAUACACGUAGCCCUGUUGAACCUCAUGACGAUUUGUUGAUCGAGGAUGCUACGAGACAGAGCCUUGGAGGUGCACAAACAAGCCCGUCCUUGGCAGCUGGGCAGCUCGAGUCGGCUAGGGCUUCUAGCGAAAUCUUGUGGCACCAGACAGAUCUCGCUACUUCGUCGACAUGUGCUGAUGAAACAUUACUGGCGACAAUAAAGAAAGAGGGGAGCGAAGAGACGUUGUCGCCUUCUUGUAAUUCAGCAGGAGGUGGCAAACAAAGAUUACGAUUUGACCUUCGUUGGCAAGGAGGAAAGCACCAAAUUGUAUUUGAUGAGGAAGAGACGCAGAAGCUCACUUACGCACAACUGUUGAGCGCCAUUGACAAGGUCAUCGCACGCACGAGAUCUGUAGCAGCGUCGGAAAGCCUCUUUCUCGCCACUGGAGAGCUGCAUGAAACAGCCUCGAUGGGUUCGUCUACAUAUCCCGACUUCACCAAGCUCGAGCCUUGGAAGCUCCAAGACACUACCGAUGUGAGGAACCAGUAUCCGCAACAAGAGCCUCCGAACGCCCAGCAGACCCUGGUUCAAGACCUUAUUUCGAGCUUGUCGAGGCAUUCACAUCCUGUCGUGCUACUAGUGUGGGACGGUAGUAAGCCUCCAACGAUGGAGCAGCUCUGUCGUCUGAGAGAUGGACCGCCUUUCGACCUCGAUGAGAGCUCCGACGGGCAUCAGACAGAAGACGGAGAGCCAGACGAGGCCGUUGUCGAUAACGUCGAAGAGCAGGACAUCUGUCAGGGCAAGCCUUUCAAGCUUGGUGAUUUUGUCUUGGAUCCAGAAGACCGCGGUCCAAUUGAGCUUCGGGCAAGACUUAAGAAUAAUUGGGAGAAUGACGAACUAUACCGGAAAUCGCUCGUCGCGAUUGGCGAGGUUGGCGGACCCUCUACGCUUGGAGAAGCUUUUAUACUGAACGAGAUCGACCAACUUGGGGAAAGAACAAGGGUUUCUCAUGGCACUCAAAGCAGCGUAAAUCGAAGAGCGCGCGCUCACAUUCGCUGCUUCAGCGAAAUGCUCAAAGUCUACGCUGAAGAUGCGACAUGCGAGUUUCCGAUCAGCCCUGAUUCUUCGAGAUCUUCGACCGACAGCCUCUGCAAACUCAUCUCGCCGAAUAGACACCAUACCCCGGCAAAUGCAGGCAGCGGCGAUGUUCCAGCAAGCACGCCUUCGUUCGACUUCCUCGCCUCCUCGGGCAAUAGAGCGGCCGUAAGACCCGAUCGAAGGCCGACCACCUACGACGGCCAAGCUAGAUUCGACCUUUGGACGUCGGUGCUAGGACAUGCUCAGCUAGAUGCCGAGCUUGAGACACCCAUGGAUGCCGCUGCGUCACCAAACUCUGCAGCCCUGUUCAAAAAGAAGAGUCGCCCAAGAGUAGUCACCGGCAACAGAUUCAUCCUCAACGUAGGCUCGACGCCGAAUAGGUCUCGAAGACUGCACGAGAACAGUACCCGAAAGCAAAGGGGAACGAGCGAGAGUAUUCUGGUAGAUGAUAUUGGCACCGACAAGAGCACCAGAAGAGAAGAAGACAUGCCCAGGAGAAGAGAGCGAAAAGGGCUGCCCGUAGGGUGGGACGAGAUUGACGAGAAUUCUCUACCAGUCGUCCCCGACGCGAUCCGAUCCCUUAUUCUCAGUUUUCCCACCGAUGAUGCGGAGCUAAAGGAUGAGUCAAGCUUGGACGAGCUCACGGAGAUGAGACAGAGGUAUCAAAAGGAACACGAAAAAGAGCUGCAGAAGCAAAUUGCGCUCAAAGAACGUCUGCACGCCGAGACACAGAGACAGAGGUUGCUACCGUCAGAAGUGAUGAGCAACAUGCGCCAGACAAGUCAAGGGGUCACGACAAUCCUUGAUGAAGUCUUUCGCAGCGCCAUCCGAGAGCAAAGAGCAUUAUCAGGCAUAUCUGAAUGUAGCGAGUCAUUUGCGUCCGCGAGUCCGUCAGCACAAGGAUUCCGAGAAGAGGACAGGGAGUGGCCAACAAGACGGAGACAAACGAAGCACUCAGAUUCGCCAAAAGGUGCACUUUGUCGAGCCGAGCUUUUCUUCGGGAUCGACAAGAGGAAACAGUCAAAGACUGCAAGACUUGAACCCUUUUCCAUCUCCAAAUUCAUGGAGAAUGCGACAGACUGA